UAAUAUUUCAUCGCUAUGGGCUCUAUAUUGGCAAAGAUUCUCUUACCGACCAUCAGCAGCCUGGCACUGGUGCCCACCAUCAGCAUUGCAGCCAAGAGGCAGUUCCACAUGGAGGCUAUGGUAUAUUUUUUCACCAUGUUUUUCAUUGCGAUGUACCAUGUUUGUGAAGGCCCCGGCUUCUCCAUGAUCUGUUUCAUGAGAUACGAUCUGCUGGAAUAUUUCAGUAUCUAUGGCACAGCCUUGUCCAUGUGGGUGUCACUGAUAGCCUUGGCAGAGUUUGAUGAGCCUAAGAGGUCAACGCUGGUCAUGUUUGGCGUUCUUACCAUCGCAGUGACAAUAUAUCAAGAUCGCUUUGGAUAUGGUGUCUACUCAGGGCCUAUUGGCACAGCAGUGCUGGUAAUUACUGUCAAAUGGCUGAACAAAAUGAAGGAAACAAAAAGCCUCUACCCAGACAAGAGCGUGUACACACAGCAGAUAGGUCCCGGAUUCUGCUUUGGUGCUCUGGCAUUAAUGCUGCGUUUUUUCUUUGAGGAAUGGGAUUACACCUACGUGCACAGUUUCUACCACUGCUCUCUGGCCAUGUCCUUUGUGCUGCUUCUUCCCAAGAUCAACAAGAAAGCAGGAAAUGGAGGCACUCCCGCCAAGAUGGACUGUUCCACGCUGUGUUGUUGCGUCUGCUAGAACGUACAAUGCUUUGACCAAAUUAGACAAUUUUAGCUGCUGCGACUCAGGGGGAAGGCACCAAAAAUUUGGCACACAGCCAGGGGUUAUACUUAGCUGUAUUUUGCUGCCAGCCAAAGACCCUGUGUUUUCUUGUGUGUUGGAAGGGCUGGGACUGUACUUCUAGGCUGGGUACACAAGAACAAUGACUACCACAUUUAGUGCCAUCAGUGCUAGAUGGGCAGUUGAAGAAUGAGCUAGGUGCUUGGUUUCAGUGUUUGCUCUUUAAGGUCAGAAGAGACAAUUUUAUGUCAAUGGUGGGAAGAUUUUAAGUUAUUCUCUUUUGGCCUACUGUAGGUUUACGCGUUCCACUUAUAGUGAUUCUAAAGGCUCAAGGUUACUUACCUUAAUGCAGUCUAAGCAUUAGGGCAGGGGUAUGCAACCUUGAAGAGGUGGAGAUCUACCCAAACAACAUGGGAGAAGUCAAAGAUCACCGGGGCACAGUGUCGCCUCCUCACACCCGAUUUAAAUCUGUCAUACUACCAUGUCGCAAUCGCGUGCAUUGCAUGGGUUUAAAUCAGGUGAUUAGGAGGCAAUAUAUCACCACAGCAAGAAUUAAACCGCCUGUUGCUUUUGAUUGGUGCUACCGCCUGCCAAACACAACCCAUUCAAGUAAAUGGGGACACUCUGCAACAACUGCAUGCCUUCUGCGGGGUCCAAGGCGUUAAAGCAGGUGAUGAGAGCAAUACAAUGCUGCCAGCUUUAACCCCUUGUUUGCUGUACGGCACAAGGUUGCAGGGCAUCUGCAGAGUAUCCUCUUUCACUUGAAUGGAUCAUGCUUGGCAGUUGCUACACCCACCAACCAUGACUGAAUGUAUAACUUUUUUUUGUUUUACCACCCCCCAAACUGCAAAUGUAAAUGAACCCUUACUGUUCUGAGCCCCCUAUAAGGCUGCUUUCACACUGAUGUGCUGCAGUUUACCUGCACCGCGGGUGCGGCACAGUGCAUCUGAUACCUUCCUGGGUUAGCUGCUCUUUGCCAUAGAAUUCUAUUAUAUCCUGCAAAUGUGGUGCACUUUGUGAAAGCACAACAAAACUCCUGCAUUCAUAAAGUGCGCUAAACCUGCAGGAUAUAUAUGAAGUCUAUGGCCAAGCACAGUAAACUCACAGAAAAACUGCAGGAAAAUUGCCCUGCAACUGCAGUGUGGGUAAUCUGCAGCACAUCAGUGUGAAAGCAGCCCUAUACUAUUAUGCCUGGUGUAUUUCCUCACACUGACCUGAAGAUCUCUUCUUUCCUGCUGCUUGCACCACUCUGAAGACCGCUAGCCAGAAUAAGAAGUGGAGUGCAGUUGGUAUAACUCCACACGGGACAGGAGUCAGCACUACAGAGGAGGCAUCGGCUUAUGUGGCUUUUGCUUCCUACUACAACUCCAAUUUACAGAUAGUCCUUCUGCAUUGCACUCUGUUUGAUGCUCUGAGAUAGUGGAUCAGCAAGCCCAGACCACGAUCUAUCAGUCACCUGACCGUUAUCUACUGGUAGAUUGUGAUCUACUGGAUGCUGACCCCCGCAGUAGGGUAAAAAACCUUCUGUAUGCAGCUCCCUCUCCAGCGCCCCCCAUACUUACCUGAGCCACAUCUUAAUCCAGCGAUGUACACGAGGGCAGCAGUUGUCUGGGGUCUCUCUCUUCUCACUGGUUCACACAGCAGCAGGAGCUAUUGGCUCCUGCUGCUGUCCAUCACAGCCAGUGAGCCAAUGAGGAGAGAGCAGGGGGUGGAAGCCAUGUGUGCUCUGUGUGUGAAUGGACACACAUAGUGGGGCUCAGGAGCGAGCCUGCUCGAGUGGCAACAGGCUUGCUAUCGGAAGCGUUUAGCAGAGGGGAGGAGACAGGACCACAGGCGGGGGACUAAAAAGAAGAGUAUCGGGGCUGCUCUGUGUAAAACCAUUGUAAGUAUAACAUGUUUCCUUUAGAAUCACUUUAAAGUAGAUCUAAAGGCAAAACGUUUUUCAUUUUUAAUAGAGAAAGGGAGGGUGAUAGCCCCUGUCAAUUUUUUUUCUUUUUUACCAUCCGUGUCCUAUUGAGGAAGACUUCCCUUUACUUCUUCUCUCAAAAAAUAAAGCCUUUAGUUAUACAUUGACCCAAAGCAAUAAAGGAAAAAUGGCUUGGGCCGAAAUUCUGCUUUAAAUUUACUGAAUGCGGCUUAGCAUCUGAUUAGGAAGACCUGAGACACAAAAGCAAAGAUUUAUAGAUGGUAGCCUAUUUUGUAUAAAUAAUUUAUUAUAAAUAGUCUUGUAACUAAUGAUGUCUGUACACUUUAGUUUUGUAUUUUGUUUUUUUCUUACAUUGUGAUGUGUGAAAUUCUGUGCGCUACUUUAAUAUUUUUUUAACAAGAAUUUAAUAAAAAACACUUUUUGUUGCACUGUUA